AUGAGCAAAAUCAAGGCACAGCAGGAAUGGAGUGUUGCGAGAAAGUUCCUUACCAGGAGCCGCCUUCAGUCCUUGCAGGAAGCAGCCGCUAGGCUCAAUACUGCUUGGAAAUCAGGCUUGGACGCCGAAUUUGAGAAGGAUUUUUUUCUGGAGCGACAAUCUCAGAGGACAUUCGAGAAACGCCGUCGAAAGCUACAUGGUUUGAUCGAUGAUGUGAUAAACAAACAGCGUCGCAAAGACUAUGCAAGCGAGAAGGCCUCUUUGGACAAGGAGCUCCAAAACGAUGAGGACGGCGUCGACGAGGACAGCGACGACGAGAUCGACUUGCGGGACGGAGAGGAGGAUUUAACAUCAGGUUAUCACACACCACCACCAAAGCAAGUCCAAGGGUAUCAUGAUGAGGUCCCUUCUGCGGAAGAUUCCGAGGCAUCAUUUCACUAUCAGGACAAUACAAGCAGCUCCACAUUGAGCGAUGAAGAUCAGGCGCUGUACAACGAGGCUGCAACCUGGUUCAAGUCAAUGAUUGGGCGAAACACUGAAUCUGCAAUUCGAAAGCUACGAGAGGAGCGGUUUCGCGAGCCUUGGGUGCACGACCUCCUUUACGACCGGCUCAAGAUUCUUCGCACUGGCUUAAGCGCUCAGACCGAUGAGAACACAUACACCUCAUUUUGGGUCGCGCCCGACUUUGUGGCAUUGCAGACCGGCAUUCCAGGCCUCAUCUCCAAGGGCUUUGUCAACGAGAACCACUUUACUCCAUCUGCAUGGCGACGAGCACUUUCGAGAGGCAAGCUGUUUGCCAAAGGCACUAAUGUUGACGCGUACUAUCUUGCUCGAGACAAUCACGUCAAUGUCAUCUUCGAAAACAUUGGAUCGCCGACGUGCACCAACCACGGGAAACAUGACGACGACAAGAAGAAAUGCUAUAGGAAUGCCGCGGACGCACUUCUGGAUCGCUUCUACAAUUCUUCAGGAUCCUUUGAGAUUGCGAAAGACUACAGAAUCAUACUAGUCGUCGUCUUCGGUAAAUUUCGUGAUUUUACUUAUGCCAUUUGGCUCCCGUCUGUAGACUGGGUCAACUAA